CUGCUGAAAGAGACCGCGGCUUGAUCUUCACGUAGCCCCCCCCCCCCCCCUCCUGCGCGUGUGUCCGAGUCUUGCGUCCGCGUCAGCCCGCAGCAGUCACUCACCCACCCAUCGAGCGCCCUGCACUCUACCACUCCGUCACUCACUCACUGACUCGACCCACUCUCACACCCCCUUCACCGAUGGAAGCCAAGGCGGUGUCUGCGAUGCUUCUUCUAGCUCUGGCCAACUGUGUCCUCGUGUCUGCUGCGAGAGGUUCCUUCUCGUCCAUGGAGGAGGCGGCGAUGCCCGACAGUGACAGCCCCCUUACCAAGGACUACCUGGCGGAGAGCGUCCACGAGGAUCCCUACCGGGAUAGUUUCGACCGCGCGUCUCCAGACGCCGCGGGUUCCUCCUCGUCUGAGCAGCUGCUGCUCAGCCGCCUGGCGCGCGCCUUCAUGCACUUCCCGCAGCGGUUCGGGCGCGCUGGGCCCUCGUCCCUCUUCCAGCCACAGCGGUUUGGCCGUGGAUCAAACGAUGACGAGGAGGUUCCACCCAGCCUCUUCUACCGGCGCAGCUGGGGAGCGCCGGCCGAGAAGUUCUGGAUGCGCGCCAUGCCCCAGCGCUUCGGCCGCAAGAAGUGACCCCAGUGACACGGACGCCACCCCCACCACCCCUCAUCGCCACGAGGGCACGCAGCCAGCACCGCCAGCACUCACCAACACGACCCACCACUCCCUCAAGACCCCCCACACUCUCCACUCUCCCAAGACCCCCCACACUCUCCACU